AUGUUAUUAAAUAUUGACACCUUGUUAAGUAUAUCACUUCUCUUAACUCAAUUGACGACAGCAGCAACUAUCGUAGACGUUGAAGAAGAACUUGUUUGUCCUGAUUCCAACAAUCCAACCAUUUGUUACCCCAAAAUAUUUGUUCCUACAAACGAUUGGCAAGUUAUAAAACCAGGUCAAGAUAUUCCAGCAGGAUUGCACGUGAGAUUGAAUUUGGAAACAUCGGAACGAGAGGCUAAAUUGAUGACGAGUGAGUCGGAUAGCGAGAUAAACAAUGAAAGUGUUGUUUUAGUGGGAGGGGACAGCGUUGAAGAAAAUAACGACAGUCCUGAGAAGUUUAAGCAUGAACAAAUAGCCAGUGCGCUUCAUAUUAAUAAAAAGAACAAACUGAGGGUGAGUCAAGGUGACUUGUCUGAUUUCAAUUCAGCUGUGGAAGAAGUCGAACAAUAUGAUCAAGAUAAAGGAGGUCAACAUGAUGGCAAAGAACGAUUGUUGAAGGCACUAGACACCAUCAAUGAUUUAUCUCAUGAUAUUGAGCUUGGUGAGCAAUUGACUAGUAAUGAAGUGCUUUUCAGAAAAUUGAUUCUGUUGGCUAGUCCUACAAAUGAUGUGCAGCUUGAAGAAAAGAUUUACAAUAUCAUAGCAGCAUCACUUAGGAACAACCCUGGUGCUACACACAAUUUAUUAAGUGGCCAAGUGUCUGGAUUCGAUGUUGGAGAAUUCAUUACUUCAUUACUAAAAAAUAUUGCUGAUUCACCUGAUGUCAUACAAAAGCGAAAAAUUGGAAUAAUACAAGCAUUAGCUCAAGACCCAUUAGUAGCACAACAAUUGUUCUCCUUCGAUCACCCCAAGGGAUUGAAUCAGUUGAUUGAAGUUUAUCCAAGAUUGAGUUUGGAUGCAAAGAUCAGAGUCGUGAACUUAUUGGAAGAUCUUAAUAUGAGGGGCAAUAGCAAUGAUAAGAGAACAAUUGAAGAUACUGAUCCAGAUUCCAACUUGUCGAAAUUCAUUCAGCAAGCAUUGGCUGAGGAAAAAUUCAACAAUGGAGAGGACGUCAAGUCUUAUUUCACUCAUUUGGCUGAUAUACACAAGAAUGACAAAAAUUUGAAGCCAACUUCUGAAUUUUUGCAAUGGUUAAGUAAAGAAGUUGAAUCACGCAAGGAACGAAAGAAGAGAGAAGACGUAUCAAAGGAAGAUCUUGAUUUUGAUAAGUUUAUGUUAACUGCUAGGUAUGAAAUAUUUGGUAAUCCCAUGGGAUUGAGAAAAGCUACUGCUGAUGAAUUAUAG